AUGGAUUAUAGAACAAGGACAUUUUUAGCCUUUUGGCUUUUUGGAGUGGUAAACAAUGUGCUGUAUGUGGUCAUUCUAAGUGCUGCUGUUGAUCUUCUUAAAGAAAACCCUGGGGUACCUAAGGCUGCAAUACUAAUGGCUGACAUACUUCCCGCGUUUUUAGCAAAGAUUGUUGCUCCAUUUUAUCUUCAUUCUAUACCCUAUCCAGCUAGGGUAUCGAUACUGAUAGCCUUGAGCAGUACUGGUAUGAUUGUAAUAGCGUGGUACAAACAGCUGAAACUAAUCUUCAUUGGUGUGGCUUUUGCAUCUUUAAGUUCUGGACUUGGUGAGGUAACCUUUCUUCAGUUAACACAUUUUUAUGAGGAUCUUUCCUUGAAAGCAUUUAGUUCUGGAACCGGCGGGGCCGGAAUUUUAGGAAGCUUCACUUAUUUGACUCUCACCACUUUUUUUGGUAUUCCAGUUCCCAUCACAUUGCUUUUGUUUAGUGUUCUCCCGUUCUCAUUUGCUUGGAGUUAUUUCAUUCUGCUCCCGGAGAAAAUUCCAGGUUACGAACUAAUCCACGUAGCUUCUUCUGUGAGUGAGCCAUUGGGUGACCAGGAAAGAAACAUUCAGAGUUUUUCAUACUGGCGUUUUCUUGCACUCGAUUUGAAAGCUCAUCUAUUGUACACAUUUACAAGAAUGAAACCGCUUGCUGCUCCUUACAUGUUACCUCUUACAACAGUCUACUUCUCGGAGUAUGUGAUCAAUCAAGGGGUCUCGCCCUCACUUCUCUUUCCUUUGAAUGAGAUGCCAUUUGGGAAAUUCCGAGAUGUGUACGUUGUAUACUCAACAUUGUAUCAACUUGGCGUUUUCAUUUCAAGAUCUUCCAGUAGUCUCGUCCGAAUUCCACAUUUGAAAUGUCUCUCGGUUUUGCAGUUUACUAAUUUGAUGAUAUGUAUUACUCAGUCCAUGUUCUACUAUAUCCCUAACGUUUAUUUGAUGAUGCUGAUCAUUUUCUAUGAGGGACUCUUGGGAGGAGCCUCCUACGUCAACACAUUUCUUUCUGUUUUGGAAGAAACAUCUUUGGAUCAACGAGAGUUCGCCAUGGGUGUUGUUGGCAUUAGUGAUAGCGCUGGCAUAGUCCUCAGUGCUUGGUUUAGCAUAUGGCUUGAACCCCAUUUAUGCCAAUAUCAGAUUCAACACGGCAGGCCCUGGUGCCAACCUUAG